GUCGGUUAUACUACUUUUUAUGCUAAGGCACUCUCCGGUAUAAGAAGGCGGCGACAGUGUCUGGAAGCUGGGUUUGGGGGGCAACCUAAGGCUAAUCUAGGUUAGGCCCCCGCCGUAUUUAUUAAGGGCAACCGGACAAACAAGGCCCGGAGGAGGGAGGCGAAUCCGCCGUCAGUUCUCCCAGUCAAUUGCUUACAGUCCUGAGUGCUUUGCUGCCGAAGAGUCCCCCGGGGGGGAGCUGCAGACAUGUCAUCUCCCAGCCCGGGAAAGAGGCGGAUGGACACCGAUGUAGUUAAACUUAUUGAAAGCAAACAUGAAGUUACAAUCCUAGGAGGACUCAAUGAAUUUAUAGUGAAGUUUUAUGGACCACAAGGAACACCAUAUGAAGGUGGAGUGUGGAAAGUUAGAGUGGACCUUCCUGACAAAUAUCCCUUCAAAUCUCCUUCUAUAGGAUUCAUGAACAAAAUUUUUCAUCCAAAUAUUGAUGAAGCGUCAGGUACAGUGUGUCUAGAUGUCAUCAAUCAAACCUGGACAGCUCUGUAUGAUCUUACCAAUAUAUUUGAAUCCUUUCUGCCUCAGUUGCUGGCAUACCCCAACCCAAUAGAUCCACUUAAUGGAGAUGCUGCCGCUAUGUAUCUUCACCGACCAGAAGAAUACAAACAAAAAAUAAAAGAAUACAUCCAAAAAUAUGCAACAGAAGAAGCGCUGAAAGAACAGGAGGAGCGUACAGGGGACAGCUCAUCUGAAAGCUCCAUGUCGGAUUUCUCAGAAGAUGAAGCCCAAGAUAUGGAGUUGUAGUAGUCGCGACCUGCUUUUUGGAAGCGAAAAACAAAGACUUAUUUCCUAACCACAAGAAGCAGACUAUAAUAUUCAUAUUUAAAAAAGCAAUUUUUUUUAUUACUAAAACAAGGUUUUUAUGAAUAAUAGCAUCGAUAUAUCAUCACCCUUUAGGUCUUGAUCCCCCUGGUCAUUCUCAACCAAUGUGCAUAGCGUAUCCCCACAUUCCAUUUUGGUAGCUGUGUGCAUGAGUUCAGCAGUCCAUCAUUGUGUGCUACUUGAACUCUAAGGAAGAAAAAAAGGAAAAAAAAUAUAUGUAGAAAAAAACCCCACAAAGCUACAAGUAACUUUUUUUUGGCUGCUGUGAUAAUGUAGUUUUCAAGUAGUGUCGUCAUUUUGUCAGCGCCCUGCUAAGCGGAGCAUGCCAAAGACUCUGCUGGAACAUUGCAUUCUCAGACCUAAUUGAUGAACGUUGGGGCCUAUUGUAUUAAAGAAAAAAAGCCUUUAGAUUCCAAAUGCAAACUUCAGAGGAAUGUGUGUUUUUGUGGGUCACCCUUUGGAUAUACAUAUAAAUAUAUAUAUAUUUUUUUUUUAUGUUAAGCCUGCAAUCUUUGGAAAUGCACAUCAAGGGUCCCUUCAAGCAGGAUUUCAUAGACGUCUCUAAAAUUUUUAAGUACCUAUUUACUUUUUUUUUUUUUCUUCUUUUAAAUCCUGACUCCACCAUCUGUAUUCUCCCCCCUGCCAUUUUAGGCUAUUCUAGGCAAGAAAACUUUGAAACCACAGGCCAUCACAUUUGUCAUUUUGGAUGGAUAUAUUUGACUUGGUUGUAGAUAAGUGGGCUGGUCUGAUGAAAAACUGUCCCCUUAACUAUUUCCCUUUUAGACAAAAAGGAUGGUGAAUUGUAUGACUUAAUUUACUUUCAAAUAUAGAGACGGCUGAA